UUAAACGGAUUGAACUGUAAUUUGAAUGUAUUCGCCGUCUCAAAAAAUUCGCUAUGCCGUUCGUAAAGGACUCAUCGUAUCGCGAAAUGCCGAGUUCUUCAGAAAUAGCCAACGAGGAUUACCACGAGUUUUUGUCACUGAAGAAGCUGAUAGUGAAGAUUACCAAGAACCAGCACUCCGUCUUCCGGUGCAGGUCCAUCGGAAUCCUCUCCAGCCAGGGCCAGGUCUACACUUUGCGUGAUACAGAGGACAGCUCAAUAGAGGUCCGCGUGUCCCUGCGCUACAUCAAAGUGCGUGUUCCGUACGCGGGGAGACCUUCCACAGCGCAUAUACUUGGCUUCGUCCAUUGGACAUCCGGAGCGCCCGUUUUUUACGCCAUUUUUGUCAAGGACGUUUUUCCGCCUCUAGCUCACAAACUAUUUACCACUAUGGAAUGGAUAGUCAACAACCAUAAGGCAAUUAACCCAGAAAGAAGGAGAAAGGAAGAAUAACAAAUUCACCAGGACGAGUAUUGCCAUACUCGUCAGCAAGCGGAGUCCCACGUAGGCUUCCAGCGGCUUCUUGUCACCCCGAUCAACCUCAUGUUCCUUCCAUACACGGGCUACCCAUAUAUUAGAUGUGCAUGCACUGACAACCAAGACAGCCCCAUACAUUCCGAUGCUUUGAAGAUAGAUCUCGCUCAGUUCGACGACUCGAACGAUUUUAGCGAUGAUACGCCGGCGAGCGUCCAUAAUAGCGAUAUUAAUUUGUCUGAUAUCGAGUUCAAUCCGAGUAUCAUCAAUUUUUUACAGUUUGAUCCAGGCACGUUGGAGUGAUAGAAAAGUUGACGUUAUUAGAGUCGGACCACGCUAAAUUUCAUGCUAGGUGUCAAGUAUAGAGUCUCUUAAGAUCACCUGGCCCAUCUAUACAGUAAAAAUAGUAUUGAAUGAAUGAAUGGGACUUGAGCUAAAUUAAAAAUCUUACAAUUUGGCUAUCGGUACAAAAAAUGUAACACUAAUUCUAAAACUCCGUCAAUAUGAUAUUGUUGUUGUGUGCGACUUUAGUUAUGGCCUAUGGUCACUAGAUAUAGGUACUAACAUACAGUUUAAACUUUAAUGUCUUAAAUUAGGAUUGUUCAUUUUUUUUAGACCCCCAUUUUUAUUUUAUUUUCUGAAAAUAUAGGUUAAUUUAAGAUACCAAUUUGAAUGAUUAAGUAAUUCGUGGCUCGGUUGAAUAUUUAUAAUUUAUUGAAAAUAUGAGAUACGACUUCUCGUAAAUUACAUGUCGUCGGCUGAUUAGGAUAAUGCACAAGCAACAACAAGCAUUAAAAAAAUAGUUGUCAUUGUCAAUUGAUUGUAAUGUCACCUGUCGACAAUGUCAGUGUCACGUGUUUCUAUAAAUAACAAUCGUCUGGAAUGGAAAACUCGUUUAUUUUGAAUCAUUAAUUUCAAAAUACCUACGCUAUAAAUUUGAGAAAGCUGAUUCCAGAAAUCUGCCUAAGUUAUAUACCUAAUAUAACUUAGUUUUAUUGGAGUAUGUAUCCAUAUAGCAUCCAACUCCAACCAUAACUUGGCUGAAAUCAAGGGAGCAUAAAUACAAAUGUAAGUUACCUACAUCAUAUAUAUUUUAACUGAUUCGAUUUGUAAGAAGAUUGGAUUCAUAAAAUCGUUACAAGCGUCCAUUGCUAAAGGUAGCUUAGCACCCAGUGGGUGCUUUCUACCGGCUUGUCACCAUUGUUUGGAUAUUGUACUACAUACUUAUACUACUAUAUUAGGAACAUGCCAAUUUUACUAAUUAUAUCCUAUUAUUUCAGGUCAUCGUGAUUCCUAUUUAGAUACAGCUGUGACAUAUGUAACUGCACUUGGGCCCAGAACAAAGUUGAGCAUUUUGUAUUGAAACGAACGUCAUAUUAAUUAUUAAUCGUCGUAAUACUUUACGACCGUAAAUAAUGCCUGGGAACAGAGUAAAUAACAAACCAUACACUUCUCUUCUGGAUGGUCAACAAGAAGCCAUCAUUGUCAGAUGCUCGUGCAGAACAUCAUAAACAUACAUUUAAUGUAAAGUUACUAUUUUUUUUGGAAACAUAUAUAACAUAUUUCCCAAAUGAAUAAAAAAGUAGGUAAACAAAAACAUGUUUUAUUAUUCACAACUCUUUAUUAAGUCUUGUCCACCAUGAUAUCAGCAGCUUGAACUGCAACAUGUACCUGGAAAUUAGAAAUUAUAUCUUUUUAAAGCAGUUUCAGGCUGAAUUUUGAGUAUGGCUAUAUAUUCUUGUAUAUUCCUUCUUUCUAGUAGGCACCAUCUCUGUUUAACGGUUUGCCUUUAGAUACUCUGGCUACAUUACCACAGAAAAUAAAUAGAUACCACGACCCUACCAAUAAAGUGAGCUUUUAAAUACUUAAUUGUAGUAAAUUAAUAUUAAUUUUAUACUUACAUCGACGUGAUUCUCACAGCAAUACUGUGUGUAACACGUGAAGUAGGUAGGUAUUCCAAGUUUAAUUCACGGCACCAUCUUUCACGUCGUAGGUCUUCGUGGAUUCGAACUAUUAUUUUUGUGAAUCAUUCCCACACAUAGGAACAAGGUUUUUGAUAUAUUAUUAAGCAAUGAAAUCUACUGUUUAGGUAUUAAUUAUAAAUCAAAUUGUAACAAACAAGCGCAGCGGUUUAACUGAAAAAUUUUGUUAUGACAAUCGAUGACAAUGAUAACUUUGACAAUACGUGAGUGACGGAUUUAUUUACUAUGGUUCGAUAACUUUUAUUAUGCAAUGACUUUACAUUCAGCCCAGGAGAAGGUCAAACUAAGGUCAUAAGGAUAUUUGUUGAAAUAUCUUCAAUCCUCAAUUAUUAUAUAGCAGCAAAUGUCGGAAACUGUUUAAAAACCUUAUAUCUCGAAAUGGUUUUCGAAAUAGAACAUUUGAAAAAAAAUGAACAAUCCUAAUUAGGAUAAUUAGGAUCUCUACAACACAUAGUGGUAAAAGCUCAACUAAAAUUCCUUUUGCAUAAUGAAAAAAAAAUUAAGUUAUUGAAAUCUAACCAGGGCCGUCUAAUACUAUGCUGGGGCCCUUGGGCACAUCCCUUUUGGAAAGUAAAGAAAUCAAAUAAAACUAACAUUUUUCUACUGUAAUCUUCUAUUGAUUAUGUGUAAUCAAACACACUGUUACUGUCUGUUCUUGGGAGGCCUGGGGAUCAGGGCACGGGACUCGUGCAACCCCGUGUGCCCUUAUGGUAAAGACGGUACUAAACCUAACACCCUAUUCAUGAAAUCUUACGGGACUGAUUUAGUUAAAUUAUGUUUUAUCCCUUUCUUACAAAUACUUAAUUCAAAUGACAGAUACGGACAAUUGAUUAUUAGCUAAGCGAGUCGUGUAGCGUGUUUAUGAAUAGGGGGGUAAAACUUGGCCAAAUGAAGACAUUCUAUGAUAUUGAUAUUAUUCUCCAAAUAUGACCCGCUAUAGGGUCGUUGUGCUAGUUUCCGUCCAUGCUCUAGUUUUCGUCCACUUUUGACGGAUUACCAAAUAAAAUAAUGUAUUUAAUUUUUAAUUUGCUACCAGCGAAAUAUCAUUUUUAUGUAGAUAGAUAUAUAGAUUAGACAUUAAAGAUUGCAAUAAGUCCAAAUUUGUGCUGCAAUUAGGAUGUAAGUUUAUAAUGUCUAUAUUCAAAUUUCGUCAAGUGGACGAAAACAAGCGCAAUGACCUACUUUUCACUCUCCGGAAGCACAGGGUUCUUUUGUAUUUUUCUACGUCAUUUGUAAGAUAUCAAGUAUUUCAUUAGGACGAACUAUUAUAAUAUUAUGUGUAUUUUAUUGUAUUUCGUGAAACAAGUAUACUCUUAUUAGACACAUGUAUUGUUGUUUAAUUGUUACUAAUUAAGAAGAUUUUCUGACUUUAUUAAUUUAUUAUACAAAUAAUUAUAAAACAAAUAUUAUUAUACCUAAUAAUGAAAACAAAUUCUAAACUCUCAUUAAGGUCUAAAUCCGCCUACUUUGUGUAUACCUAACUGAUUUUAUUUUUAUUAAAUAUAACUAAUAAGUACCUAAAUAUUUGUAUAAGUCCAGAUUGAGUAGCGUGUUGACACGAUAAAAUGUACAUUAUAUAAAGUUAUGUAUGUAAGUUACGACCAAAAAAUAUACUCCUUUUUUUGCACAAAAACUCAGCCUCGCUGUGCAGAGGGGGAACGCGGCCAGCGUCCUGGGAACAAUGCCUCAGGCUAAUUUAGGGCUAGAUUUAUGAUUAAUUAUAUAUUUUGUUAUUUAAUAUCUGUUUUAAUAAAUGUCAAAAAUAUAUUAAAAACAUAGCAAAGUUGUUGUUUAACCGAUCGUGCUGAUGAUAGCCGAGCAAGCGAAAGAUUCCAAAAUUGAACCACGAGCGUAGCGAGUGGUUCGAAAAAUGGAAUCUUGAGCGUUGCGAGGGUUUCAAAGCACGAGGGUUAAACAAAAUUUGCCCCCGAGUGACACACAAAAUUUUUCACCACACCAACCCAAAGCAAAUAUUAAAUGUAAAUAUCAAACAAAAUCAAAUCCAAAUGAAUGUUAUUAAAUAUUUAUCAUCCAAAAUCAUCAUUUAAAAGUCAAUCCUACCAGCAAACAUAAGAAAACUACUCAAAAUUUGCAUUUGUUUACUUUGUCUCACAUGUGGAUAAAAUGCAACUUUGCUAUCAGUUUUUGAAGUGCAAAGUAAGCCUUUCCGAGCUGGUGUGGUGAAAAGAAUUGAACUCGUCAAAACGAAUCAAAAGAGCCCAAUCUUGAAAUGCAAACCAGUUCAAGAUUCCACUUUUCGAAUCACUCUACGCUCGUGGUACAAUUUUGGAAUCCUUCACUUGCUCGGGCAUCAAUAUUAGCACGAGGAGUUAACGACUUUGCCAAUUUGUUAAAUAAUUAAUUAUUAUAUGCUAAAAUAAUUGGCGUAUUAAUAAUCAUAUCAUAUACUUAGAUUUGUGUGAAAUUUAUGUUGUGAACUUAGAUUGAUGUCAAAUUUGUACAUCGAUGUUAUUGUAAUUUCAAAAAUGUUAAC